AUGGCAAGAUCACAGGCAGAAGAUUUUGCCAAUAUUGAGAAAUUGUCUGACUCUGAAAAUUAUCAGGUUUGGAAGUUCCAAAUAAGUAUUCUGUUUCGUGCCAAUGAACUGUACGGUACAGUCACGGAAGAAGUUGCAGAGGGUCAACGGACAGAUCAGUGGAGGAAAAAGGACGCCAAUGCACAAAAAAUAAUAGUCACAACUAUAGAAAGGAAACCACUACUGCACAUAAUGAGUUGCACAACGUCGCAUGAAAUGUGGACAAAAAUAAGUAACAUUUACGAGAGAGAUACAGAGCAACAGAAGUGCAGCCUACUGCAGAUGUUCUACAGCGCCACUUACGAUAAAACCACGGAUAUAGUUACAUAUAUAAGCGGACUGAAAAAUCUAGUUUUCAGAUUGAAUGCCCUGGAUACAAAAAUUGAUGACAAAAUGCUAAUAUCAAAGAUUCUGGCAUCACUUCCAGAAGAAUACAAAUAUUUCGCAAGCGCAUGGGAUUCUACGGAACAAGGAGGAAAAACUGUAGAAAAUCUAACAGCGAGACUUAUUGCAGAGGAGAUGAGGAAUAAUCAAAAGGAAUCUGAAAGCAAGACAGUGACUCUCAAGACAGCAGCAAAAAAAUGCACUAAGUGCAAUAAAACUGGACAUUUGGCAAAAUUUUGUCAUAUUGCUAAACAUUGUGAGGAAACUAACAAAGAGAAAUGUAGCAUCUGUUCAAAAACUAAUCAUAGCGAGAAAGAUUGUUUUUUCAGAGACAAGAAGAAAAAUAAAAAUGAGUCGUUUCUUACUGGAAAAUUGGAUGCAGCUCACAGCUGGAUAGUAGAUUCCGGAAGUACGCAGAACUUGACCAAUAAUAAAAGCUACGUUCAAGACAUAAAGAAAACUAUAAUUGGAGUAUAA